AUGAAUAUUCAAGAUAAUUUAACAAUCCUAAACCAUCAAUUACACAUUUCUAAUAAUAAACUUUAACUUCAAGUUGAAGUACUCUCACAUCAAAACAAUUUAUUAAAAAAGAAAAUUGUAGAGUAACAAAACAUUUCCAAAUAAAUUUAAUCCUUAAAAAAUGAAAACAAUCAACUUAAAUAGGACAUCUUGGCAUUAUAGGAAACCUUAUACAAUCUAUAGACUCAAAAGAAUAAUGAAAUUGAAUAAUCAUAUUCCUCUAUGCUUUUAGCUUAUUCAAAAGAAAAUGAAAAAGAACUUACUUACUUAAAAAAAGAAUAUAAAGAUCAUAUAUUUAGAUUACAAUAAGAAAAAAAUUAAUUGUUUGAAUAAGCAGUUUCUAUGGGUAUAUAAAAUUAAACAGCUAAGAAUUUGGAGUUGUAAACUACUAAAAUCAUAUAAAUUGCUUAAAAAUUAGAGUAAAUUAUUUGUUGAAUUAAUUAUAGAAAAAUAUUAUACGAAUCACCAUAAAAUUAAGAAAGUAAAAAAGAGAAAGUCAAUUCUGCUAGAGAAAUUUACGAUAACUUAAUUAAUUAAUUAAAUACAGACUUAAAUAAAAAUUAGAAAGAAUAUGAAAAAAAUGACAAAUUUUAUCAGUAAUCUAUUCAAAAUCAAUUUAUUAGUACUUUAGCAGCCUCUAAAAAUUCCAAUUCAACUAAAUCAAAAGAUAAACCAAUUAAUUUCACUAAAUUGUUAUCUCUGACUAGAACUAAUGAAUCUCCUAGAAGUCAAGCAUAUUUAAAUGCCCUUUCAUUACAAACUGGAAACAAAAAAUAAUGA